AUGCCUCCUGGAGGAGCCCGCCUUCAGGCGCCUCCCCCGGUGGUCGUCCGACGGACAAGAGGUCGCGCGGCCGGCGGAGGGGUGGUGAAGGGCGGCGACGUCGCGCUCUACCUGCGCGCGGGGCUCCAGUUCGCCGCCCUGACCUGCCCCCUACUUCACCCUAACGACAACUCUACAGAGGUAUGCGGAGUGCGUCUCCUCGGGGACCGCCCCCUCACCAUCAUCAACCUCUACGGACCUCCGAUUCGUGCUACCGAUCUCGACACACGGAUGGACAACUUCUAUCCCUCGGCUCUUCCGGCGGACAACCACACCCUGCUGGUGGGGGACUUCAACGCUCACCACCCCAUGUGGGACCACGGCUGCGACGCGGCAGACGCGGUCGGCGCGAGAGUGGCGGCGUGGCUUGGCUCCGUAGGCUGGACCACGCUGAACUCCGGCGAACCCACCCAGACCCACGUCAGCUACCGCAACGGCUCCCAGACUGCGCCUGAUCUGAUCGCCUGCAGCGAUGACCUCGCGAGGCGGGCGACGUGGCACCUGGGCCCCGAUAUCGGUAGCGAUCACCUGCCAAUGGUCGCUCAAGUCGCCACGUCCAACCACGGCUCCCGCUGCAUCCGCAAGCCGCGGUGGUCCUUCAAGAAAGCGGACUGGGCGGCGUUCCAGGCCGAAUGUGAGGCUGCCUUCGAGGAGGCGGAGCCUUCGCUGUCGACCCAGGAGCUGUCCACCCUGUUCGUGAACGUCCUCCACCAAGCCAGCGUCCACCACAUCCCCCGUGGUGCCCGGGCUGACCCGAAGCCCUGGGCGCUGGACCCGGAGCUGAGGGAAGCCAUCGCGGAGCGCCGCGAGGUCAGCGACCCCAAACCCGAUCGGGCGGCCCAGCGCACGGCGCGACAACACAGUCGCUGCGCAGCCUGCGAAGACACCCGCACGGGCUGCUGCGGCGCCUUCUCGAUGGAGGAGCUGGUUUCCCAGCUCCGGCGCUGCCAGCUGAGGAAGUCUCCUGGACCAGACGAGCUGUCGGCCGAACACCUAAAGCACCUGGGACCGAUCGCCCGCGGGGCUCUACUGCGCCUGAUCAACCUGUCAUGGCUUGAAGGCGUGGUCCCCCAGGAGUGGCGGCGGGCUGUAAUCGUCCCGAUUCCCAAGUCAGGGAAGGACAAGCGCAAGAUAGCCAGUUACCGCCCAAUAGCGCUAACCAGCCACAUCGCUAAGCUGAUGGAGCGCCUCGUCCUGGCCGGGCUCACCUUUAUCACCGACCAGCUCAAGAUCAUCCCGCCGGAGCAAGUCGGCUUCAGGGAGAAGCGCUCAGUCGAGGACAACCUUGGACGCCUGAUUCAAGAGGUGCUGGACGGCUGGAACCGACCAAGGUCCCGCCGGUUACACACCCCAGAUGGCCAGUCUGCCCAGAAGUUUGUUCUCCUGGCGUUCGAUUUCUCCGGGGCAUACGAUACGGUAGACCACCGCCUGCUCCGUGCGCGCCUCCUGGACCAGGGUCUGCCUCGCUGCUUCGUCCGGUGGGUCUGGCAGUUCCUCCGCGACCGCCGCGCGUGCAUGGAGCUCAACGGCGCGCGCAGCAGCGAGCGCAUCUACCGGGCCGGACUUCCCCAGGGCAGCGUCUUGGCGCCGACCUUGUUCUUGUUGUGGUCGGCGCCUCUCGUCGCCUCCCUGAGGUCUGUCCCUGGAGUGUCUCCCUUCAUGUAUGCGGACGACACCGCGGCGCUGUGCGCAGGAAACGACAUCACCACCGCCAAGCGGCGCGCCCAGCGUGCGGCGGACGCUCUGGUGCACUGGGCAAGACAGUCCAAGAUGCUGGUGGCGGGUGAGAAGACCCAGCUGCUCGUCCUCUCCCAGAGCGCCGCCGACGCUGCGGACUGCGCCAUAAAACAGCUCCGCAAGCUGACGGGGCGAAGCUGGGGACUGGAGGAGCGGCAGCUCCGCGCGGUGGCGUCGGGCUACGUGGGAGGAGCACUGCUGCACGCGGCCGCCGCCUGGCUCCCGGCGACACCUCAGUCCCACGUGGAGCUCCUCGAGAGGGAGAUGCGGGCGGCGGCCCGCACCAUCACCGGCUGCCCGCUGUCCACCCCGGCCCACGCUGUGAUGGCGGAGGCCGGGCUGAUGCCGGUGGCUGCUCGCCGGGACGUCCUGGCGGCGAAACUUCUCGCCAGGGCGCACGCGCUCCCCGAGGGCGACCCCCUCAGGGCUGUUGCGGAGGGCGGGCCGCCCAGCCGGCUGAAGACUGUGACGGGCUGGCGCGGGGUGGGGCAUGACACCUGGCGGGCUGCUGGGAUCGUGCUGCCGAUCGAGACCCUGCUGCCCGCCCGCGCGCCGCCGUGGGAGGUGGCCGCCUGCCCACACGCCACAUUCUCCCUGGACAUCGGAGCGCUGCGGCGGGACGCCCCACCUGACGAACUGCACCAGGCGGCGCAGAGACACCUAGCGUCCCUCCCCCAGCAAGCCAGCUGGGUUUGGACGGAUGGGUCGGCGGAUGCGGGAGUCCGCAGCGGAGGAGGAGGAGCCUUUGUGGAGUGGCCGGACGGUGCGACCGACGAGCUACGCGUCCCGGCCGGUCAACUCUGCUCGAGCUUCAGGGCGGAGAUGGUCGCACUCCGCGCGGCCCUGAACCACCUGUGCGACCACCCGCACCAGCCGAGCGCGCCGAUCACCAUCUGCUCGGACUCGCAGUCGGCCCUCGCGACGCUGAGAGAGGGCCCGGCGUCCCAGAAGACCCUGCUAGGAGCUGCCAUCUGGACCGAACUAGCGGCCCUGGCCGGUCUGUCCCGCCGGAUCCACCUACACAGACGCAGUCGCCGCCGCUGA